GUGAUCAUUUGGACAUGGAUGCAAAUUUCUAAUCGCAACUUCGCUUGCCCUGCCUAAACCCUCUUCCAUUUCCCUCCCAAAACCCUAACCCCCGACCCGUCCCAUCCAGCUCCCAUGGCGCGCUCGAGCUCCGUCACCGAGCCCGAGGUCGGCAUCACCUGCUUCACCUCCUCCCUCCCGGGUUUCCGCGGCGUCCUCAAGCACCGCUACUCCGACUUCAUCGUCCACGAGGUCGCCCGCGACGGCUCCGUCGUCCGCCUCACCUCCUUCGACCUCCCCGACGAGUGCGUGGAUGUGAAGGAGGAGGAGAAGGCGGCGCCGCCUGCCGACGCCGACCACUCGCAGGCUCUCGAGUCGUUCCACGCGCUCAGUACUGACGCGGACUGCGAUGCGUUGAAGGGGCUUCUCGAGAGGGUUUCGGCCGGGGGUGACAGCGGUUUCUCGCCGGUUAUUCUCUCGCCUGACGCCGACAAGGCUCAUCGAUCGGAGGUGCAUAACUUCUUCAAGAAAAACUUCAAGUUUUUGGUCACCGAUACGGUAGAACACAGCGAUGGGGUUAAGAAAUGCAUUAGGGUGCGCGUGGGAUCAGAAGCAGGGGGAGGGCGGGGCAGUCGUGGGAGGGGCGGUGGUGGGAGAGGAAAGAAGAGGAAAAACAUGAAUGGUUCUGAUUGGAGAGAUGACACGCCAUUUGAUAGGAGAGGGUCAACUAAUUGGCCACCUCAUAUUGGGAAAUUCCUGAGGUUUCACCUUUGCAAAGAGAACAAGGACACCCAAGAUGCAUUAGGAGUAAUAGGGAAAAUGUUAGGACUCCAGCCACGUGCAUUUGGGUUUUCAGGGACAAAGGAUAAACGUGCUGUUACGACGCAACAGGUGACUGUUUUCAAGGUGCCUGCAAAUAAAUUAGCUGCACUUAACAAGCGACUGUUUGGGAUUAAAGUUGGAAACUUCUGUUAUGUGAAGGAGGGACUUGGUCUUGGCCAACUCAUGGGAAAUCGGUUUACAAUUACCCUGAGAGGCGUUGUUGCAGAAUCAGAAGGCGUAAUAAAGGCUGCUGUGGAUAGCUUAGGGAAGAAUGGAUUUAUCAACUACUACGGUCUGCAGCGCUUUGGAAGCAGUUCAGUACCAACCCACCUUGUUGGAUCUGCUUUGCUUAGAGGAGAAUGGAAAACUGCUGUAAAGUUGAUUCUUGAUCCAAGGGAAGGAGAGCGUGAUGACAUAAAGAAGGUGCGUGAACAUUACAAGGAACACGGUGAUAUUGAUAUGGCGCUUAGGAACUUCCCUCGCCAUCUUGUAGCUGAGAAGGCUAUACUUCAGUGUUUGAGAAAAUGCCCUGAGAACUACCUACAAGCAUUAAAGGGUAUACCAAGAACGUUAAGAAUGAUGUAUGUACAUAGUUACCAAAGUUACCUUUGGAACCAUGCUGCCAGCAUGAGAGUUCAAAAAUAUGGCAUUUCACAGGUCAUAGAAGGUGACUUAAUUUAUAGCAAAGAAAGCCAUCCUGGAGAAGCAACUUCAGUGGGUACUUCAGAAACUGAUGAUGACCAUGCAAAUUCAUCUGAAAUUGAUAUAUGUUCUGAAACACUCCCAGAAGAAAAUAUCCAGUCUGUGAAGAUAGUUGAUUCUGAAGAUUUAUUGAAAGGGAUCUACUCGUUUGAAGAUGUUGUUCUUCCUUUGCCUGGUUCACAAGCAUUGUUCCCUGGGAAUGAAGUUGCUGAAAUUUACCAUGAAAUGGCUAAAAAGGAUGGAAUUAGCUUGACAGGAAGUGCUCAUGGUGUCAAGGAGUUCUCAAUUACAAACAUGAAAGGGAGUUACCGCCGGGUGUUCCAGAGGCCUAUUGAUUUUGAGUGGGAACUCAUGAAAUACACGGAUGAAAGUGCAUCUUUAGCAGAAACUGAUAUGGAUAUUCUGUCCAAAGUCAAGCUUACAGAAGCAAAAGCAAACGAGCCUGGAUCUAGUGGAGUUUCCAACUCCAAACCAGCUGAUUGCAAGUUGGAAAGUCCAUCGGAGAACUCGAUGCCAACUAGUGAAACUAGCUUAGGAGAAAACAAGUCUAAUGGCAGCUCAGAUAUAUCGCCAAGCAAACUGGCCGUGAAAUUAGCGUUUACUUUACCUGCAUCAACCUAUGCUACAAUGGCAAUCAGGGAGUUGCUGAAGAAUCCAACGUCGGUUGCGUACCAGAAAACACUUGAUUGCUAAAUUUUCUCGCUGACAUCAAUUCUCAGUGAGAACUGAUCCAGUAUCUUCAUCAUUGAGGACGUGAUAUAGUUAAGCUUGCUAGUAGCUAGAGCUUUAGUUGGCUCCAUGGACCAGCAAAUGAGAGAUGCCGUGCUGCUCUCCAUUUGGUGCAUGCAAGUGAUACGAGUGUUCAAAACUAUUUACUCCAUGUUCUGAACUUUUGGUCUGUAUUUUGUACUACAAUGCGGCAUGCCAUGAGAAGCUAAGCUUUUGUUUACUUUGCUUCCGUGACAAAAUCAGGAUAAUAAAUCACGCUGGGCCCAUGUCUGGUUAUCGUGAAUGUUUAUUUGUGUUUUGA